AUGUCUAGUAGCGCAGCUGCCCAGAAUACCAGCAGCGGGCCUGCAUCGGCCACCGCCAGCCCUGUGGCUGCUGCAUUUCUGACGGCAGAUGAACCCAUACUUGCGGCGGAGGUGGACGACGAUGAAGGCCUGGACGACAAUAGCGACUCAGCUUAUGGUGACGAAAUUUCGGCCUUGACGGCGUCUGUCUCCAGUAGCAUUUUACACUAUCGCACGCUUCAUGGCCGGACCUUCAACAGCGACAAGUUCACGUCCCAGUACUUUAUACCAAACGACGACCAGCAGCAGACGUCGAUUGAUAUAACACAUCAGUAUUUGACGUUGCUGUUAGACGGCGCCUUUUUCCUAGCGCCUAUCCCACAGACUGUCAAGAGAAUCUUGGAUAUUGGUACAGGGACAGGCAUCUGGGCAAUCGACGUCGCCGACCAAUUUCCUAAUGCCGAGGUAGUCGGCACCGACCUCUCGCCGAUCCAGUCGACUUGGGUACCGCCCAACACGAAGUUCGAGGUGGAUGAUGCGGCUGAGCCAUGGACGUGGCCUGAGAAUUCAUUUGACUUUGUGCACAUUCGCUUCCUGAAUGGAGCUAUUUCUGAUUGGAACGCAUUGUUUGCGCAGGCAUUUAGGUGCUGUGAGCCAGGCGGCUGGUUUGAGUCGUGCGAGUACCACGUUGACUUCCGGAGCGACGAUGACACGACGAAACUACAACCGGCCCUAGGUCAAUUAUGGAAUCUAUAUGAAGUAAGCGGGCAAAAGUUAGGCAGGCCCUUGACGGUGGCCAACGACGGCACGCAGCAAAAGGCCAUAGAGGCGGCUGGCUUCAUAAACAUCCAAGAGAGAAACUUUAAGCUGCCCGUUGGCGGAUGGCCUGCCGACCCCAAAUUAGCCCAGAUCGGCCAGUAUACGCAGCUGACGAUGCUGAACGACUUGGAAGUGAGAGGGUACACAACGUUUAUGUGGAACGAGGUACUGAAGUGGGGCGAAGCCGAGUACCAGAUUUUCCUGAUGCAAAUGCGCAAGGCCCUGAGAGACAAGAAGGUGCAUUCGUACUUCACACCCGUGGUACAGCUGGACGAAACGCCAAGGCUGAGAAAAGCGCGACGGGGAGCGACGAAAAGCGAGCUGAGCGAUCGGGUGCGCCGAGUGCGACGGACGGCAGGCCCGACGGUGACGACAUAUGCGCGACCGUCAAUGGCGACGACGAUGGACAGCAGCGAGGCGACAGCGACGUGCCGGUGCAUCUACCGAUCCGACGGCUGCGGCUGCGAACGAUGCUACCGACUGAAGAAGGAGUGCCAGGCAGCAGUGCCACUGCGACGACGAGCAGCGGUGCCCAAGAAGACGGCCACGACGACACUCUCGCGAACGGCACAGCUUGAGCAGAAGCUGGACGGACUGGUGUCGUUGUUGACGGCACACAACAGCGCGAUGGGAGGCGGAUCGACGAGAACCGAGACGACCGAGACGACAGGGACGACAGGGACGACAGGAGCGACAGCAACGGUCAGCGAGAGCGGCAGCGGCUCGUCGACGCCGAGGAGAGACGAUGGUGGGAACGGCAGCGCGGCGACGACGGAGAAGAUGGAGCAGGCAGUAUCAGGCAGCAAGACGGGCUAUCUGCCCGGGACGCCCGACUCGUCGGCAUCGAUGUGCUGCAAGACGGGCGCGACAGCAGUGCGACUGGGCGUGGCCUCGGCUCCGACUGCAGCGGCCGUGUCUGGCCCGUCGUCGACGACGAUUCCGCUCGACAGCUUCAACCACAACGCGAUGCCGCUGACGACGACGAGCCAGACAGCGUCGGCCGACCCGGGUGGGCUGCUGCAGCUGGAUGAGGCGCUGGAGCCGACAGUGGCCGAGGCAGAGCGAUGCCUGCAGACGUUCCGGCGCGAGAUGCUGCCGUAUCUGCCUUUUGUGCACGUGACGGCAGAAACGACGGCAGCGGCGUUGCGACAGGAGCGACCGCUCUUCUGGCUAGCGAUUAUGACGGUUGUGUGUCGUCACGUGCCGUGGAGCGUGCAGGUGGCACGAUCGACGCGACUGCGCGCCCUCUUUGCGCAGCGAGCCGUCGUCGACUGCGAGAAGAGCCUGGACCUGCUGCUGGCCAUGCUGACGUACAUAUCGUGGGUGCACUUCUCGUCGCGGCGCGACCGGCCGACGCUGUCGCUGACGCUGCAGAUGGCCCAAUCGCUCGUCAGCGACAUGGGCCUGCACAAGGCCGUGGCCUCGUGCAAGUCGCUGCUGGCUCGCUUCAUGCGCGACAGCCUCGCCGUCGUCGUUGAAGAGGCCUUGCCGCCACCACAGCCGCUGCUCGAGGAACGUCGCGCCGCCCUCGGCUGCUACGUCCUGUCGUCCGUCCUGUCGAUCUCGCUGAAACGCACCGAUCCGAUGCGCUGGACCGCCCGCAUGGAAGAACACGUCCAGGCUCUGAGCGCGGCCGUCGCCUCGUCUGCGUCUGCUUCUUCCGAUUCUACCUCUUCUGCGUCGUCCACUUCCUCUUCAUCCCACCCCCUCGACCAGAUCCUUCUCAUCCAGGUCCGCCUCCAGCGCAUCGCCGACCAGAUCUACCAGAGCGAGUGGCAGAUGGCCGACCCUAGCUGCACCAUGCCCGGGCCUAGUCCUCCGUCGUCUGGCCUCCGCUGUCUCUUUGGCCAUCGUGCCGUGCCGCUCUAUGUUGCCCGCGUGCUCCACGGCAAGAUUGACGAUAUAAAGGCAUCUGUGCCCACAGACCUUUUGGCUCACGAUGGCGUUCGUGGCCCCCUCCUCUGUGUCGAGGCCCUGCUUUCCGCCUGUGUCGUCACGGCACCGAUGCCGCUGCAGUCUUCGGUUCCGGCAAACAACAUCACCGCCACAACGGCCACGGCCUCCUCCUCGCUCCCCCAUCCCACCGCCACCGCUUUUGCCGAGUACGCCAACUACGUCGCGGCGACCAACGCGACCAACCUGGACCGCUGCGUCGAGGCCAUCACGCGCUUCUGCACCCACUUUCUCAGCAUUCCCAGCGAUGCCUACCCGGUCGUGCCCUUUGCCUACUACACCUACUUCACCAGCUGCGUCAUGCUGCUGCAUAGCCUCGCCCUCGUCGACGACCCGUCCUGGGACCGCACCGCCGCCCACAGCCGCAUCAAUGUCAUCGACAUCCUCGACGGCUUCAUCCGCGCCAUCUCGCUCGUCGCCGCCCUGCGCGACCAGUGGGCGUCCGAGCUGAGCCGCAUGAGCGCCACCGCCACCGUCCAUGCCAGUGCCAACGCCAACGCCAACGCCAACGCCAAUGCGUUUCCGUCUGGCCUGCCCGCCGUCUCCCAGACCUGGUGCGCUGCCGAUCCCGUGGCUACCAUCCCUGUCGUCCAGCCGCAGCUGCAGCACCUCCAACAGAUGCAGCAGCAGCAAAAUAGUCCACAGACCGUCGACAUGUUCUACCCCGACUUCUUCCAGACCAUGGGCAUGACCGAAGACUCCAUCUUCUGGGACGUCAUGUUCCCCGGCCAAGACGGCUCGGCCGCCCAGCCGGCAUACUCUUGA